GUUUCACCACCUUUCUAUCAUGGCCGUGGCGCGCUUGGUUGCAGAACUCCAUGAGGCAUGCGUACGCCCGAUCCAGAUGCAACUCGUGAAUGACGAGGACGAUGGUAGCGUACUGUACUCGUUGGAGAUGGAAGAUGCUCUGGAUCGCCUGGAAGCUGACGUCGUGGCGGUGACUAUCUCCCCAACUGAUGCUGCCGCCGUGGAAUCCAUCGAUGCCAUGUGGACAAACUGUGCAGACAUCCUUGUUCAAAUAGCCUUGCAACAUGCAACAGCCGCGUCAUUGAAUCGAUCGAGCAGCAGCAGAAGCAAUCCCAUCGCUGUCUUCCGAGUCGUCAACGUCCUUGUCACCUUGAUUGAAGGGCUGGAUUCCCUAGAUCCUUUGUCGUCGUCGUCGUCCACCACUCCCGCUACCGUCGAGCGGUGGGCUGCCACCAUGUUGCACGCAUGUUCGUUCUACCUAUGCAGUACACCACCAUCCAGCAUUUCGACAGACGAAUGUCAAGCCUCUGCCAAGCGCAUUCUCGCUGCCCUUCACCACCGGUUGCUUCGUUGCACUCAUCACCCAUCGUCCUCCGUCGAUCUGUUUCCACGCCUCCUUCCUCACAUGCUGUCCCUAUUCGCAUCGAAAUCCUCCAAGGACGAAUGGGUGGCCACCGGCGCCGUCCCGCCGCGCGCGUUUGCCUGGUUCGUUCAGCAAGUGUCGUUUCCCCACUUUUCCAGCGACGUGGUCGGUCGUGUCCUGGCGCUGGCGCUGCCGCUCCUCGAUCAAGUGACGCCGGCGACGCAGGUGGUGGGGCUGUCGUUGCUCCACCACUUGCUCAAACACGGCACCGCCACCGACAUUCGAUGGUACUCGGACUUGUUGGUGCAUGAAAUGGAGCAGACGCUCACGACGGCCGCGACGUCUGCGUCCUUCUUGGACGCGACCCUGGCAUGCCUCGAAGAUCUGCUGGCCGUGCUCUCUCCGUCCAAGCAAGAUGUGACACUGUACGACCGGUACUUCCCGUCGUUGCUGCGACAAUGGGAUAUGAGUCUUGAUGUGGCUGUGAAGACCGUGUUCACAGCGCAUGCCCGCGUGUGGGUGGCCCGACUGGGGGCGCCACAUAGCCUCCACUUGCUGCGGUACCUCCAGCCGUUGGUCAAAGUCAUCUUGGGAUGCGUAGAAAGUGCCGAACGAACGUUGAGUGUGGAGGCGCUGAAGACAUUGCAGGCGGUGAUAGUCGCGGCGUGGAUUCGCAUGCCUGGCCAUGCCGAGCACAUCACUCUCGCCAUUUUAAAGUAAUGUACAUGUCGUCCGACGCAUGAUGAUGCUGUGAGGUACAUGUAGAUGCUUGGCCUACGUCAAGGUACUGCUGCUGCCGUUGCCCAACGCCAACAAUGACCACAUGCAAACCAAAGCGGCGGAACACAUCACAGCGCAGUGCCAUGCGACGCUGUACUUGCUUGACCAAGCGACGGCCCAAGAGACGAUGGCCGUGCGCGUGACGUUGCAGCAUGUGGCGGUGGGAUGCCCGUCCUUGGCGCCCAUCUGCGACAGCGCCAGACAGUACUUGGACGACAAGGCGGCAGCCGCAGCAUCGAACUCGCCAUGACGGGGUGUGCGUUAUUUUACGAGUAUAGCGUACUUGACACUCCUUUUAGAUCCACCGCCGAAUAUAUAUAUAUAUAUAUAUAUA